AUGGGCAUUACACAAACAGCUGGUGAUGUUGCGAGUGGUUUGAAUGUGUUUAAUGAAAUGGUUCAACGAGAUGUUCCGGCUUGGAACGCGACAAUCACUAAUCAGAUGAAAGCCAAUGGAGAAGUGAUGAUUGAGGUGGUGAUCGUUGAAAAGAUUAUAAGGACACUAACACAAAGAUACAAUCACAUAGUGGUGGCAAUUGAAGAAUCAAAGAAUCUUGAUACAAUGAAGUUGGAAGAUCUGCAAAGCUCCCUAGAAGCUCAUGAAUUAAGGCAUGGAGGAGGUGAAAAGGGAAAUCAUAUUGCAGACGACAACACAAUAACAGCUGAAGGAGUUGGCAAGAUCUUGAUUCAAAUAAGGGAUGGAAAAAAAUAUUUCAUAUGUGAUGUGUUGUAUGUGCCAAAUAUGAAGAACAAUCUGUUAAGCCUUGAACAAUUGUUGGAGAAAGGAUACUCUAUGAAUAUGGAGAAUGAAAAAAUUAAGAUGUUUGAUAGUGCAAAUAGGCUUAUCUUGAAGGAACCACUGUCCAAGAACAGAACCUUCAAGAUUGAGAUCCAGAUCAAUGAAAAUUAG